AUGCCCAACAUUAUUGAUAAAGCAAAGGAGGUUUUCUCCUCUUCAAAGAACGAUGCUACCACUGAAGCUGACAAGGCCGAGAACCUGCCUUCUAAGGCUGGACAGGAGGUCAAGUCGCAAGGCCAGACCGAGCUGAAGAACGCAGAGGGUAAGGUUACCGACGCCGCUGGCACCAAGGGCAAGCUUGCCCAGGCUGCUGGCCCUGGCGGUGCCAAGAACCUUGGUGAGGGCGAGCUGAAGAACCUCGAGGGUCAGAUUCCUGGCCAGGCUGGUCAGUACGUCGGUGGAGGAAAGGGCGGUGAGGCUGCUGGAAUUGCUGCCGGUGCCGCUGGAGUUGGUGGAGCUGGUGCUGCUGGCUCUGCCGGCCAUGGCUCUCAGACUGGUACCACCGGUACCACUGGUCAGACUGGAUACGGCUCUCAGACCGGUACCACCGGUACCACUGGUACCACUGGACAGACAGGAUACGGAUCUCAGACUGGCUCUACUGGCACUACUGGCCAGUCCGGUUAUGGCUCUCAGACUGGUGCCACUGGCACUACCGGCCAGACUGGCUACGGCUCUUCUGGUGCUGCAGGUUCUACCGGCCAGCCCGGUUACAGCUCCACCGGCCAGGCUGAGUCCGCUUACGGUUCUGCUGGCUCCCACGGUACCACUGGAUCUAACACUACUGGCACUGGCUCUCACGUCCAUGGUGCCACUCAGCCUGGUCAGGGUCAGUCUCUUGGCCAGGAGGUGAAGUCUCAUGUUCCCGGUACUGCUGAGCACUCUGCCUCUCAAGGAUCUCACAACGUCGGCUCUGGCACCGCUGGUGCUACUGGCGCGGGAGUUGGAGCUGGCACUGGAUACGCUGCUGGUUCUGGCUCGCACGGUGCUUCUACUGGGCAGACCGGAUACGGCUCUUCUGCAACUGGCACACACGGUGCUUCCACUGGAGCUGCUGGUACUAACACUGCUGGUGGCGCUCAGUACGACAACCCUGAGCAGGUCCUUAGCGGCCAGGGCACCCAGGGUACUCAGGGUUCCCACACUAGCCACACUGGUCACCACGGCCACCACCACGGCCACCACGGUUCUGGUGCAGCCACUGGAGCUGCUACCGGAGCUGCUGCAGGUACUGGUGCUGGAUACGCAGGCCAGACAGGUUCUGCUGGUACGCACGGUGCUUCUUCCACUGGCCAGACUGGUUACGGAUCUUCUUCCACCGGCCAGACCGGCUCCACUGGCGCACGUGGCACCCAUGAGUCUCUCGGCGAGAAGGCCUACGAUGCCAAGACUGAUGCUAAGUCCCACAUCCCCGGCACUUCCGAGCACUCUGCCACUCACGGCCACUCUACCGGAACUCACGGCGCUUCUACUGGCUCCUCCGGUGUCCAGGGCCAGGGUAUCUCUGGUACUCACGGUGCUUCCGGCUCUUUCGCUCCUACUCACACCAACCACAAUGUGACCACUGGCCCCGAGGGUGUCGAGCACCACAUUCACCACCACCACCACCACCUCGAGGGUGACGCUGCUGGUGCUGGUGUCGGUGCUGGUGCUGGUGCUGCCACUGGCUCUCACGGUACUCACGGUGCUUCCACAGGUGCUACUGGUGCCUCCAGCCAGCCCGGUUACUCCAAGGGCGAUUCCACUCAUAAGCACGGCUCUCACUCUCAGAGUGGUUACGAUCAUUCUUCUUCCAAGGAUCAGUACCCUGCUCAGGGCAAGCAGUACUCUCACACCACUCACGACGACACCCGAGGUCUUAACUCUUCGUCCUCUUCCGAGCCCGUUCAAGGAACUGGAUACAAGAGCAGCUCUUCUGGACCUGCUGUUGGCGGUGGAAAGUACUCUUCCAAUCCUUCUGCCCACUCCAUUGGCGGUGACUUCGCCAACGUCGGUAACCCCAGUGCUAACCACGCCACCACUGGCGAGAAGCUCCGAGGUGAGACUGAUGACAUCACCCGUGGUGUCUCUGGUGUGAACCUCCGAGGCAACGAGGCUGCCACUGGCGCUGGACUUGCUGGUGCCACUGGCUACGCCAAGAAGGUCGAGGAUGGAUCUGCUCCUUACCCCGGUACAACCGGCGAGCCUACUUCCGAGUACGCCCACACCGGCACUCACGGAUCUCGUGGAAACACCACCGGAGCUACUGGUACCCAUUCUGGAACCACUACUGAUGAAGCUGGCAACGAGACCAUUGGUGAGCGAAUCUCCAACGCCGCUUCUGCUGUUUCUGCUGCGGUUUUCGGCACUGGUGAGGAGCAGGGUAACACCCACACUGCCAACUCCACCGCCCCUGGUGCCUACAACCAGUCUGGCACCACCGGUACUCACGGUACUACUGGCCAGACCGGUUACGGAUCUUCCACCACCGGUCAACCUGGCUAUGGAUCCACCGCUGGUACCACUGGCCAGUACGGUUCUUCCACUGGUCCUCAUGGCACCAACGAGACUCUUGGUGACAAGGCCUACGAGGCUAAGACUGAUGCCAAGUCCCACAUUCCUGGUACUACCGAGCACUCUGCUACUCACGGCACUCAUGGUACUCACCACGGAAACACUGCUGGCGUUACUGGUGCUGGUGCUGGUGCCGGUGCUGGUGCCGGAUAUGCCGCUGGCCAGCAGGGUCAGGGACAGUACGGCCAGCAGGGUCAGGGACAGUACGGCCAGCAGGGUCAGGGACAGUACGGCCAGCAGGGUCAGGGACAGGGCCAGUCUUUCGUCGAGACUGCUAAGUCCUACAUCCCCGGAACUGAGGAGAAUAUUGCUUCCAAGCAGGAGCAGGAGUACACCCAGGGCCAGCCCGGUCAGUACUCUCAGGGCCAGACCGGCCACUCUCAGGGCCAGACCGGCCAGUACUCUCAGGGCCAGACCGGCCAGUACUCUCAGGGCCAGACUGGCCAGCACUCUCAGGGCCAGACUGGCCAGCACUCUCAGGGCCAGCGAGGUCAGCAGGGCUCCGGUGCUGUUGAGACCGCCAAGUCCUACGUCCCCGGCACUGAUGAGCACGCGGCUUCUAAGGACCAGUCCAAGGGCCAGUCCGGAGAGCACGACUCUCACAAGGGGGGUUCCUCCGUUCUCGCCACUGGAGACGACAAGGAGUCCAAGAACCUCCGAAAGGCCCAGGAGGAAGCUAUCAAGCAGCCUCUGCCCACUCUCAAGGGUACUGACGUUGCUGUUGAAGCCGAGCGAGCUCAGCAGGGUCAGCACAUCAACUACAACCAGGCUUCUGGUGACCCCUCUGACUCCAAGUCAACCAUGAUCAUCCGAGAUGGUCUUGGACCCCAGGAGGACAUCGAGGGCCCCGUCGGUGCCGGACACGCCAAGGUUGAGGAGGAGUCCACCAAGGGUGCCGGUGAGCCUUCUCUCGACGCCACCGCUGCUCGAGUGUAA